AGAGAAGUGCCUCGUCGAAAAGGUCCCGUCUAAUUUUCGGGUCUACGGGGACGAGAGAAAAUGUCACGUGAUUGGCUCCGGUCAGCCAGAUUUCCAUCCGCGGCAUUGGCUCAUCAGUGUGACUUCAGCGACAUUUGAACUGGCUUUGGCGCUAGGGAAAGAAUGAAUAGCAUUGAAGUUUUGAACCCCACCUAUUGUGAGGACAGGCCUACCAGCUGCUGACUUACAUCAGAGUUGCAGGCAAAAAUUAACUUAACGAUCCAUUAGCAUUUGCGCUGGAAAAAAAAAAAGCAUCCCAGCCUUCUUGCUCUCUUGUUUUCUUUUCCACCCUUUAACCUUACAGCUAGCAUUACUGAUAACGAGACUCUCGAUCUAUUCUUUUCCAGGCCCUCAGUUCUUCUUUUAUGGUUUUUGUCAAUCAAUGACGUUCCGGUAGCAAGUGUGGAAGCUCUAGAGAUAGUGAGAGGAUCUCUAGGAGCAAGCAAUGCUCGUUACAAAACACGCCGCUGAGCUUUGUGCUCUCCUAGUUAAUGAUCUCCAUGGCGAACUUCCUUCGCGAAUCUUGAAUGCACUACUCACAAAAGGCCGGUCGACCAUUGCGCAACUGGCCCAACACACGUCUCUCACGCCGCGAUACUUACGAAAUGGCAUCGCUGUUCUGAUACAGCAAAACCUUCUUUACCACCACACCGACGCUAAUACCGACAUCACGUACUACCAAGCCGAUGCUGAUGCCUGUUAUAACCUUGUACGAUCAGGGAAGAUUCUAAAUGUGAUUGAGAAUCAAUAUGGCAUCGCGGAGCGGGAACUCGCCCAGACUCUGAUGCAACUGGGCCAUGCCCGAAUCGCGGAUCUUUCUCAGGCUUUCGGGUCGAGGGCGCCCAAGCUCAAUGGACAUACCAACGGUGAACAUAAAACCCACGAUGGCCUCAUCGAAUCAGAAAGUCACCUGAACUCUGUCCUUGUUCGCCUGAUUCGAGCAGAAAUCGUCGAGACUGUUCGGCCCGAAAGCUUCCGGAACCCUAGGGAUGUCUAUCGUGAGAUCGAAGACGAAGUCACCAAACCUCGACCAGGCGAAAAGGUCACCAAAGGAAAGAUCGAGGCUCAACGCGAGGUCAUCGAACGCUCUAGAACAUAUAGAGACCAGUCCAAGACUUUGAAGCGUCAGCUUGACAUGAGCGGAGGUCCCAAGCCAAAGAGACGGAAACUUGUUAAUGGAGCAACGCAAAAUGGUCAUGGAUACGAUGCUCCAAAACUGAACCCCAAUGUGGUGAUCAAGAUAAACUACGAAAGAUGCUUGGUUGAGCUGCGGAACCAGAGACUUGCAGAACUCGCAACAGAAAUGCUUGGGGAAGUCACUGGUGAAGUUUACCGCACAGUGCUCGAUCUUUUAACUUCAGAUUCUCCAAGGUGCCAGUCUGACCCUCUACUCGAUGAAGUGACUCCUGGACAACAACCAACUGUGACAACUAUCGACAUAUUCGAGCACCUGGACGAAAAUAUCAACGUACAAAAUGGGAUCGGCAAAACUCCAAGAGAUAAAAUUGACUCACAGAGUGCUGAAAGGAUCAGGGAGACAGCGCCGGAGUCAGAUGACGAUUCUGACGAUUCAGAUGCCGGUCCUCCGGGUCGAAGAAAGACGUUUGACGUUGACGAUGAAGAUGAUGGAUGGGCUGACGACAACCAUGAUGGUACAGCUAAUGGGGAACAAGAAAACAGAGUAAGAUUUGAAGAUGCUACGAAUGGAAACGAUACUCGAAUCUCCCAGAUGCGCCGUCAUCUUCUUCUCCUCGCAGAAAGCAAGUAUCCGUUCAUCCGUCACUGUGGGAUGUACGGCCGCGGGCAAUGGACAGUGGAUUUUAGUCGCCUUGUAGGCAAGCUGCGGGAAAUCGAACUGGACGCUAUUAUUGAACAAUCCCACGGCCGCCAUGGUCUACGCUUGACCCGCAUUCUCCGAGAAAAGGGCAAGCUUGACGAGAAGAUGCUUCCAGCCGCCGCACUCAUGAAGAAGGGUGACGUACAAGGCAAAAUGCUUGCGAUGCAGAUGGCAGGUAUAGUGGAUGUUCAAGAAGUGCCUAAGGAUAGCAGUCGACUUGCCAAUCGAACGCUCUUCUUCUGGUACUUUGACAAAGAGCGAACCCAAACGCAGGCACUGGAUGACAUUUACAAGGCUAUGCUCCGGUGCCUUCAAACCUUAGAGGUGGAGCGCCACAAGGAACGAAAUAUUCUUUCUUUUGUUGAGAGGAAGGACGUGCAAGGCAAAGAAGAGGAGGUCAUGACCGCAGAGCAUUACAACAAGUACAACAGGCAUCUGGGAGUGCAGGACAAGCUUCUCGGUCAAGUCAUGAGGUUAGAUGAGUUGGUAUCUGUGCUUCGUGAUUAUUGAGGAGUAGAAAGGAGACGCCAAAGCAUAUAUGUAUUCCUCCCAGCUCAAACCUCGCUUGGAAUUGGCGGUUGGCGUGGGUACUGGGUACUAGCGUUGGGUAGGAGCUUGGCCUUGCAUCAUCUCUGCAUCCAUAUUUUAAACAACAAUCCGCGAAAAGAACACAUUAAAUUGCCUUUUUUUUUUUUUUUACAUGCUCCUCG